AUGAAUCUCCUCUCCCUCCCCGCCGAGAUCCUCCUUUCUAACGCAGACCACCUAUUCUAUAAUAAUCUUAAUUCCCUCCUCCAAACUAAUCACCGCCUUUUCUACCUCUUAUCCCCACCCCUCCGUACCCAUGCCUUCACCGACAAAGACGAUAUGCCCGCUCUCCAUUGGGCCUGCCAAAACGGCUAUCUCUCACUAGUCAGGAUAAUUCUCGACAAAGAUACAUCUCUCAUCAGCUGCCACAGAAACAAAACGAAAAAAGCACCCAUAUGGCAUGCGAUCCAGGGAGGCAACGAACUCAUCGUGAGACUGCUGCUGGAAAAAGGCGCACCUGCAUGGACCGAAUCCAGAAACCGCCUCGACCCCCCACUGCUAUAUAUCGCGGUCCAGAAUGGACAUGUGGGGAUUGAGGCUGCUAUUGGAACACAGGGCACGGGAGCAUCCAGGCUUUUCACUAAGGUCUCUAGGCUCCAAGUCGUUGUCGGUUGCUGUGAUGAGCGGGAAUAUGCAGAUGGCGAGGUUGAUGUAAAGAUCCUGAUGCGGAAUGGAGGCGGCGCGAAGGGUGAUUUUGCAAUGAGCCAUGAUGCGGUGGGAAGUGGGAGAGUGCUCAUGUUGAAGGUGUUGAUGGAUAGAGCUGAGGUGGGGGGUGGGGGGACAGAGCAUGGGAAGGCUUUGGUGGAGUAUGCGGGGUGGUUGGGCGUAAUGGUGGAUUUGUAG